UAUUUGUUGAGUAUCGUUGAAGAUAUCCGAGGAAUCUAUCAGUUUGGUCAUUUUUUUAACCUGAAAUAAUAAACCGAAAAUUUUUUCAAAGUUAUUAGUUUUGCUUUUUUUUUUUGUGAAUAAAAUUUAUCGAUUCAUGUGAUAUUUAAAUAUAAAAAAACUUAAUCAAGUUUUGGAGUCAAUUGUUAUGAGUGAUAUGAGUUUUGCGUAAUCGGAAAUUAAGUUUCGAGUCUGAAAUCGUAAAAUUAUAAAUUUAAGACUCAACAACUUGUUCGAAGGAAUUUAACCUUGAGAAACUGACAGUACCGUUAUAGAUCUUCAAUAAAAUCCACGAAAUGAUGAUAGAUCCAGGAGGAACCGUGUUUGUAACUGGGGGUGCAGGCUACAUCGCCAGUCAUUGUAUCGUUGAAUUAUUAGAAAAUAAUUAUCAAGUUGUCGCAAUCGAUAAUUUUUCAAACAGUGUAUCUAGUAGAAUGGGAGAGUCAAUAGCACUUCAAAGAGUCGAAGAAAUAACUAAGAAAAAAAUACAUUUCUACAAUUGUGAUCUUACUGACCGAGAUAAAUUAGGACAAAUAUUCAGCAAGCAUAAGAUCGAUUGUGUGAUUCAUUUCGCAGCAAUAAAAGCAGUAGGAGAAUCGAUGCAAAUUCCACUCCACUAUUAUCGAAAUAAUAUUAUUGGUGCGAUUAAUUUACUUGAGGUAAUGAAAUCAGCACAAUGCUUCCAAUUGGUUUUUUCAAGCUCAUGUACCGUUUAUGGAGAGCCAAAUCAUCUACCAAUUACAGAAGCCCAUGCAACUGGAAAUAUUACAAACGUUUAUGGGCGGACAAAAUAUUUUAUUGAAGAAAUGUUGAAAGAUAUAUCUCGAGCAGAAAAAACUUGGAAUAUCAUAUCGCUGAGGUACUUUAAUCCAGUUGGAGCUCACCCAAGUGGAAUAAUUGGUGAAGAUCCUACAAAGCCUUAUACAAAUUUGAUGCCUUUUAUCGCACAAGUUGCACUGAAACAUAAGCCAGUACUGAAAAUAUUUGGUGGGGAUUAUUUUACAAAAGAUGGAACAGGAAUUCGUGAUUAUAUUCACGUAAUGGAUUUAGCUACUGGUCACCUCGCAGCUAUAACGAAAUUAAAAAAAGAACAUUUACGGCUGAAAUUCUACAACUUGGGGACUGGUAAAGGUGUCUCUGUUUUAGAACUAGUAAAAACAUUUGAAAAAGUCACAAGUACAAAUAUUCCCUUUGUCAUAUGUGGCCGGAGAGACGGAGAUAUCAUAUCAAUGUAUGCAGACGCCGAAGCAGCUAAAGUUGAACUUGGAUGGACAACAAAAUAUAGCUUAGAACAAAUGUGUCAGGAUUUUUGGAGGUGGCAAUCGAUGAAUCCAGAUGGCUAUCGUUCAAAUCAAAUAAAACCAUAAAUCACAUUUAAUUUUUUAAUAGACGUAAAAUUUUGAUUGUUAUUCAUGAGAAUAAUUUAUAAUUAAUAUUGUGAUAUAUAUUCUUUCAAGAGGCAUUUAAUACUUACUACAAAGAUAUGGUUUAAUAAAUAUAUUGAAUAAGUUAUUAAGGAAAUUAAAUGGUGG